GUGUUUUGGGUGGCGCCCGCAGCGGCGGUGUUGUUUGUUGAUUCCGUAGAAGAAGAAGGAGUGUUGCUACAGGAGUUGACUUGUUGAAUGACAGAAGAGAGACCUUUACGGAUAAGAAACGUCUGUCCUGUGUUUCUCAACGGUCUUUUUUUUAGUUUUUGACCGUGAAAUCCUGUCGGAAAAAUGCGGGACCGCACGAAAGAACUAGGAAACAAAGCUGAAGCUUCAGAUGAGGAUGAAGAGGGCAAAGCUCUGGUGAUCAAACCUGGAACAUCUUCAGUCAAAGAUGACAAAGAGAAUGAAGCAUUCUUCAAAAAGGUGCAAGAAAUCCACGAAGGGCUGCAGAGUCUCAAGAAGAUGGUUUCAGACCUGGAGAACAAACAGAAAACGGUUCUGGGCGUGGCGCUGCCAGAAGAAAGUAUGAAGAAAGAGCUCCAAACCCUCCGAGACGAGAUCAAAACUUUAGCGAGUCAGAUCCAGAGAAAGCUGAAGAGCAUCGAACAUAAAAAGGGCGACGAGGAUGGAAGAUAUGUUCCCGUCAACGUCCGGAUGCAGCGCACGCAGCACGGCGUUCUGUCCAGGGAGUUCGUGGAGCUGAUGGGUCACUGUAACACCAUCCAGGCCGAGUACAGGGACCGGAACGUGGCGCGGAUCCAGAGGCAGCUGAAGAUCACUGGAAACAACGUGACGGACGAGGAACUGGACGUCAUGCUGGAGAGCGGUCAGACGGAUGUUUUCACUCAGAACAUCCUGAUCGACGCUAAAGCUACGAAGCAGGCUCUGAACGAGAUCGAGUCACGGCACGACGAGAUCCUGAAGCUGGAGAAGAGCAUCACGGAGCUGCACCAGAUGUUCCAGUACCUGGCCAUGGAGGUGGAGGCUCAGGGCGAGAUGGUGGACAGGAUCGAUUCCAACAUCAAGCAGUCUUGCAACUACGUGGAAAAAGCGAAGGACAACGUGGAGAAGGCCGUCACGUAUCAGCAGAAAGCUCGCAAGAAAAAGGUUUGGAUCGCCAUCUGCUUGGCCAUCCUCAUCCUCAUCAUCGUCAUCGCUCUGGUGGCCACGUUCAGCUAG